AGGAAAGAUUAUUUUUAUAAAAUACUGUCAUCUUGUCCUACAUGUGUUUGUAACGGGGCCUUGGGCUCCUGAAGUAGCAGGAUUAGCUUUUUUCCUCCUUUGCAUAAUGUAAGCUACUCAUAGACGUAUGUAUGUAGAUGUAUGUAGCUACAGUUGUCCAAAAGAAGAUAAAAUGAUAUCGUGUAGCUUUUCAGUGUGCAAAGACUUUGCUGGCUGUACGAAUUGAUCUUGGUUGAAGUUUAUGUACUACGACAGUGUUUCGUACCCUUUCCUGAAGAAAGUUUCCCCCUGUCCUGCAUAAUUUAUUCUCUCCCUGCUUCAGCACAGCUGAUUGAAGCAGCUUCAGGAUUCACAACGAGUUGAUAGUUUGAAUCAGCUGUUUUGGAGCAGUGAGAUAUUUAACACGCUGUUAUUUAAACAGUUAAUAGACAUAAAGUCUAUUCUUCUAUAUGCUAUUUAGCGUUAAGUAAUUGCCCUGCUAGUUUCCCGUUACAAUGUUGACUAACAAUCCCCUUAUGUCUACGUCAUUAAACUGUAUAAUGUUGUAUGCGUUGCGCUUUGGGGGCGUGGCUCUGCCGCAAAAGUGAAACAAUAGACCUAGAUAGAGCGACAUGUGCUCCCUUUAAGCCUCUAUUUCAACCGUAAAGUGUAAUACUUCCCAUACAACAGUAAACUAUUACUAAACUUCAUCGGAUAGUGGGACAAGUCCACGGUGGUGCCCGGAUGGACACGAGGCUGAAGAAAUUACCAAGUACCAACUAAGCUUCAUUAUUACCAAGAUUGUGUCCAGAUACUGCGACGCGCCCGCACUCGCGGUCCGCUCCGUUUCAACGGGGAACCAGUUACCAUCUUCCCGGAAUACACGACAACUGUGACUAAAGCUCGGGCUGCAUUCACAGAGGUCACGUACAGAGGGGAGGACAGGGAGUUCACUGACCCGGACAAAGCGAUGACCUGUGUCAAGAACAAUAUUCUCACAGAAUGUACAUGAGACAGAUCAUCUCAACUGAACAUGAUGCCUCUGUCGACCUGCCGGUAUGGUGAACAUGUGUAUAUCAUUGUGCCAGUUGACAUCAGAUGUGGUACGAGUGAAACCUGGAGAUGAUGUCAUUCUGCCAUGUCAGGCUGGAGAUGUCUCCAUCAGAGCUGUAGAGUGGAGCAGACCUGACCUGGAACCAGACUACGUCGUCUUUCACAGAGAUGGACUCUCAGAUCCAACCCAGCAGCAUCCAUCCUUUAAGGACCGGGUGCAGCUGGUGGACAGAGAGCUGAAGGACGGAGACGUGUCUUUAAUUCUGAAGAACGUGAACAGCAACGACGCUGGAACAUACGAGUGUCGAGUUGCAACAGGAGGAUCAAGACGUAAGAGAGCCAUCAUUGAGACUGAGCCAAUCAGAAUCAUCCAGCUGGAGGUUUCAGGGUCCAACAGCGGCGACGUCGAGGAGGGAAACUACAGACAUUACUACGGAUCUGUAGCAGGUUUUGUUCUGGUUUGUUUAGCUGCUGUUGGAUUGGCUGUUGGCUGGAAAUAUAAAAGACAUAAGGACAAGAAACCAGAACAGUCUGCUGCUGAAGAAGAGGUCAGCUUGUCACAGAUUCGUUUCACCUGAGCACAUGUAGGGAUGCAACGAUUACAGAUUGUUGGUACGAUUAUAGUCUGAGGAAUAAUAAUGGUUUCACAGUUAUUAUGAAUUAAGUCACUUCACAACACCUAUUGAUAUUUAAUAUUUUAUUAACAAUGAUAUGUCUAUAAUAUUUAAGUAUUAUUAUUAAUAAUAUAAGAGGAAUAUUAACUGCAAUCUUCCGCCAGGGGAAAUUGUUAUUAAUGAGGUAAAUAUACUGAACUGUUGUCAUCAGCUCAUCCGUAAAUGUGUAAGUUUUAGUGAAAAUGAUAGAAAGAAAUCUUUCACACAGCGUUAUUAAUAAUUGAAAUGCAGGUAAUUGGUAUAGUCACUGAAAGCUCGACAGGCAUCGACUGUAAGUGACAGGUUUAUAUUUAAUUCCCAACUUGCCAAGUUAUUUAACUCAGUUAUUAUGUAUUACCUUUACUUAGACGGGUCAGACGAUUUUAUAUAGAUAGAUUGAUAGAUUUUAUUUUAAAAGCUGUUUUUUUUUGUAUUUUUCUACUGUCACAAUAAACUCUAGGUUACGUGAACUGUUGAUUCAGAUUUCAGUACCUGAACUCCUUUCAAAUGUCACUUUAGUAAUAGUGCACGGUAAAACAUGUAUUUCCAGUUAAUAUUUACAGUAAUGCAAGGAGUUAAUUGUUUGAUUACUUGCACUUAAAAUGUGUGUAGAUAAUUUAGAGAGCAUUUAUAUUACAUUGGUAAUAUCUGGGCAAUCGAGGGCAGUUACCGUCUUUUCCUUUUUACAGCAUUCACCUUUAAUUGCUUGGGAAAACUCUCAGGAGAAAGAUUGGGAAGUUAGUGGACAGUCAGAGAGUGGAGCCACAUAGUUUUUAGACCUCCUCUCUCUCUUCCUAUUUUUCUCUUGUUAAUUAAAAAUCUAAUUUCUGUAAUUUUUCUGUACUGAUGUUUUCUUGCUAUCUGAGUAAACGGAUGUAUUUUUUACUUGUGGUCCUCUGGAUUUGUUGAUGUGGAUUCGGACGAGGGGAUGGAUGGAGCGUCAAGCUAGGGCUUCAUUCAGAGGAAACCUACAGAUUGAUAAGGAUGUGAUGUUUGUUUUAGAUGUACUUACUGACAGAGGUCAAUUCUGUGAAUAUGAGUAUCUUGCCAGUAAUAAGUGCUUGGAUACCUCUCGAAGAAUAUAUGUUAUAAAAAGCAUAUCUCCAAAGUUA